GAAGCUGAUUGGACUAAAACCUCGACUCCCGACCCCCAACUGGACCUAGUCCACCAUUUUCUCCAGGAAUAUUUAAACCUGUCCGAUACACUCAUGCGCGUCAUUUUCAUCCUGCUGUCAUAACAACAUACAAAACGCUCUUUGUGUUUCGUAAGACCGAGACAAUAGGAAACGUCUAGAAAUUGUGGUGGGUGUUGUUAACCAGCCCUUUUUUUUGUAUUCAUCCACCAAUCAGCAGGACCGAGAGCAGGUUGAGUUGUUGUUGGUACAAGUUCAGUACGAGGGCGCACGCAAAAAGGACUUUUUCCGCAUGGCAAGGCGUGACCGAAACUAUUAAUCAAGCUUUAUAUGGUUUAAUCCGAGACUUGAGGUAGUUAUUUGUUAUUUUUAAGUAAACUAAACGCAUCAUGGUCACACUGACAGCCAUCGUAGCGCCUCUCGGACGUCAAAUCCACAGGCAUCUGGUCAAACAUGUUAGAAGCCAGCGCUGGAUUCCUGCUCGGGCGUGUAACUUGACUGCAUGUUCCAGCAAACUAUCAAUCCUCAGUCAAGUGCAUCCAAUGUGGCAGGAGCCGCUUGCCAUCCCUGGGGGAGAUCGACAGUCACCUAUUGACAUUGAAGUGCGUAAAAGCAUCUUUAAUCCGCAGCUCAGACCUCUGAAGGUGCAAUAUGACCCAAGGACCUGCCAGCAAAUCUGGAACAACGGUUACUCGUUUCUGGUGGAGUACGACGACACUACUGACAAAUCAACUGUGAAGGGAGGACCACUGGAGAAUCAGUACAGACUCUGCCAGUUUCAUUUCCACUGGGGAGAAAACAACAACUGGGGAUCUGAGCACUCUAUAGACCGCCGGCUUUACGCUGCUGAGCUCCAUAUUGUUCACUGGAACUCCGACAAGUACAGUUUGUUUGAGGAGGCUGUUAUGGAGGAAAACGGACUGGCUGUUAUUGGAGUGUUUUUAAAGGUUGGAAAAAGACAUGAGGGUUUGCAGAAACUAGUGGACGCCUUGCCUGCAGUCAGACACAAGGAUAGUGUGGUGGAGUUCAACAAGUUUGACCCAUCGUGCCUCCUCCCGGAGAACAUCAGUGACUAUUGGACGUACCCUGGUUCCCUGACCACACCUCCUCUUACUGAGGCUGUGACAUGGAUUGUGAUGAAGCAGCACAUUGAAGUCAGUCACGAUCAGUUGGCAGUGUUUCGGAGUUUGCUGUUCACAUCGGCAGAGGAGCAAGUGCAGAGAAGUAUGGUCAACAACUUCCGCGUUCAGCAAGACCUAAAGGGACGGGCUGUCCAUUCUUCUUUUUCACCUUUUCUCAAAGAAACCCCCUCUAAGGAAUAAGCGCAAAUCUUAGUGACCUUCAAACAAAGCACAGACUAAUCAGUCACUAUUAACUAUGGGAUGUGUAUCCACAAGGUGAAGGUCUUAACUGGACUUUUAAACCAUUUCCAACCAGAUGUUUGGGUGUAAAUUGGAGAUAUUCUGUUGAAAGGGAUAUAGUUCAAUUAUUGUAAGGGCCAGUUUGUUCCUCUUUGUCAAAAGCUUUAUGCAGUCAACAUUUCACUUUAUUAUAACAAGUCUCGAAAUAAUAAUAAUACUAGAAUUUAAGAUAAUCUAAUUUCAGAUAUGCAGAUUUCCUCAAUAUUGUAGCAGGACAGUUGGCGCCCUCUGGUGGAUCACUGACAGAAUACACAUCAUUAUGCCUCAUGUUGGAGCCGUUCAAAGUUUUAUUGUGUGUAUUCUGUCCUUUUUAUUAUGUGUGUAGUCUGUGGUACAUCUUUCCUUGUUUAUUUCGAGGGGAUUUAUUUUAUGCAUGAAGCUGCACAAUGCCUUUAACUUCGGAUUGUUUUUUAGAUUUUCAAUAGACCUAAAACACACAAAUAGAAAAUAUCUGAAAUAUUUUAAGGCUACGUUUAAAUAUCACAGUAUAAUAUAGUUUUUUAUGAAAAGUGCACUAGACACAUAGAGAUGUUAGGAGAAGAUUAAUGCGCACAGUUGUUUAGUGAAGAUUAAUUGCUGUGUUUAUGUACUUCAUAGGGUAUUCUUAUCCAUAGUGCCUUUUGCAUUGGAUACGAUCACUGAUUAUUAGUCAGUAAUCUGAUCAACUGCAUCAACCAUGUGGUCGGCCAUAUUUAGCUAUUGUGCGAAACAUGUGCCUCCAUCACAAAUCACUUAUUGUCUUUGCUGGUAGCAUUUUUUGUAUGUUAAUCUGUGGAUCUUUAAAGUGUAUUCAGUGAUGGGGAUUUGUUAGUAGUCUCUAGAUGAGAAUGUGUUAUAAAAUAGAUGUAUAUGGGAGAACUUGAUUGAUGUUUUUGUCGCCGUUUUAUGAAAAAAGCUUUUAGAAACGGGACCUUCAUUUUUCAAGUGUCUUCAAUUUCUCCAUUAGAGGCGCAUGUGAGACCAUGCGGACACAUUUUGUUAAUGAGAUCUACAGUAAGACCAACUGAUUGUUGUAUUUUAACUUUGGUGCAUUCCAUUUUACGUAACCAAUACAUGCAGUAGACGUCUGUAAGAAUGAAUCCAUCAAUAAGACCAGUACUUGUAAAUCCAGGGGUGCGUUUCCCAAACGGCCUAACUUGUUUAGGAAAAGAACGAUGUGGUAAGGAGCGUUUCCCAAAACCGUAGUUUCUCUGUCACAGAUCCAUCGUUUGAACCACGCUAUAUCGUAAAACGUUAAUAAUGGCGCUCUAAAUGGGGUGGAGUAACUACUUCUUUAGAGUAAAACCCUAUAAUGUUUUGUACAAAUUAUAUUAUUUUACACGCACACGCAUUUUAAUAAAAUAAUCCAAUUUAAGUUUAGGUAAAAACAUGCACUCGUUUUCCAUCUCAAUUGAAAUGUAUAGAAAAGGCACAUAUAGGGCCUGUGUUUCCUUUACAAAUAUUAUUGAGAAUGUUUUGUAUUUUAUUCCAAAACAUAAAACCACUUAGCUAACACGUAUUUAAUCUCAUAUAAAUCAAAUAAAUCGUUAUUAGUUGUAAUUUACAUUAGGUUACUUAUUAAGAAAUUAAAAUCCUACUUAGAAUAAUAAUUAUUAUGAUUUUAUUCUUAAUAUUAAGUAGGAUCUUGUUUAUUUUUUAUUUUAUUUAUUAAAGUCUACUUUUACAAUUUGACACAUUCAAACCACUGCAGAAAUGUUCUAACCAACAAGCUCAUGUCAAAUACAGUACAGAUACAUUUCUUAAUAAAUAACCUAAUAUAAAUUAAAAGCAUUAACGUUGGCUAUGUUUUUGUUUUCACAAG